GAACUGUUGAGGUUGCAUCGAAGGGAAGGAGUCGACUUGGAACUACAGCAGUGUUUGAUGCUUGUCUAAGAAGAAUUAACAUUACCCCCCAAAACCAAAUACACUGUUAUACGCGUCGACAUGGUUUGAUGCUCGUCCAAGUAGAAUUAACAUUACCCCUCCGAGACUAAACUGUUAUACGCUCUGCAAUCCAACAUCAGCUGCUGGUUGGACACCAUCCACUGGGUUGUGCUGCCUGCGGAACAUGUGUGCGUCCAAUUGGUUGUUUAUACCGUUGACAAUCGUUGGGACAGCCCACCGAACAUGUUCGACGUUGCAAUGGACACGAAAUUAUCGAUGUCGGAAAAGCUAUCGCAUUUCGUUUUAAAUAGUGACAUCGAUGUUUUUGCCGCGCUCAGUCAAAUUUGAACAGUCGUUGGAAAAUCGUCACGGUGUGCGCAUCAACGUGAAUUCGCAGCGGAAAAGUGCGAGGAAAGCGAGGAAAACGGGAGAGACUUUGAUUCGGUUCGACUCGUAUUGGGGAAACUCUGUGCGCCCGAGUUACCCAGAACGGCCAGAAUAAGGCAAAGUGCCAAAUGCUCUGACAAAUAAUUGCAGUAAUCUGCGGGAUUUAGAAAUGCGAGCCGCAUAAAAUUCAAAUUCAAUCGCAAAAAGUGAACAGCGAAAAGUGCAGCGGAAAUUAAGUUUUUGCCAGUGCCAAGGAGAAACUCUAAAAAACGCUGAAAAAAAAUAAUUCAAUAAAAUAAACACUAAGAUCCUAGAGCUACCUAAAAAGACAUACCGAUCUGAAGAUGGGCCUUAACUGCCUGACAAUUGGAUUACUUUUGGCCCUGUGUGUCGCCAGUGGCCAGGCCCACCUGAACAUCUUCCUCAAUUUGCACGAGGUGUUGCGUUUAAUCGGUGUCUCUGCCGAGCUGUACUAUGUGCGUGAGGGAGCCAUCAAUGACUACGCCUUGAACUUUGCCGUGCCCGUGCCGGCCAACAUCAGUGAUGUAACCUUCACCUGGCAGUCCCUGGUGGAACAUCCGUUGCCCUACAGCAUCAAUAUCGCCACCUCGGACACGGAGGUCCUGCCACGGCCUCAGUUGAAUAUUUCUCGAAUCGGUGAUGUGCCCAUGGAACCGCAGACCUGGGGCAUUGCCCUCAAGUGCUCGGGAACCAGGAAUGCCGAGGUGACCGUAACCAUCAACGUGGAGGUGAUCCUGGAUCGGGCAACAAAUAACAACACGAACUUGAUAUUCAAGCGCAAAAAGAUCUGCUUGAAGGAGGAGCAGGAUAGUGCCCACGAGGAGUAUGAUGAUGAUGAUCUGGAUGUGUUGCAGCCGGCGCUGGGAGGUCACAACAGUGACGUGCACUAUGUGGAUCGUAACGAGGAGCAUGUGGUUGCCAAUGGUCACCUGUCACCGGAAAAGGACAAGAAGCGUCCCGUGAUCACAGAGUCACCGGUGAAUGUAGGUCGGGGAAAUUCCGGAGGAUCCAAGCGGGACUUUGAUCCUAUGCUGAGGGAGAACCUGGUGCCGCCAGCUAGUGGUGUCGUUACCCUCAUCGUUGGCGGUAUCCUGGCUUUGGUCCUGGUCUCCACCCUCAUCCUGAUAGCCUACUGUGCCAAGGGUCCCUCCAAGCGACAUCCCUCAAAUGGAGUGCAUCUGAUCAAGACCUCCAGCUUCCAGCGUCUUCCCACCAUAUCCUCGACUGCCCACAACUCGAUCUAUGUCUGCCCCUCGACCAUUACACCCACAUACGCGACUCUGACGCGGCCCUUUCGCGAAUAUGAGCAUGAGCCUGAGGAGUUCAACCGCCGUCUCCAGGAGCUGACAGUCCAAAAGUGUCGCGUCCGGCUCUCCUGUCUCGUCCAGGAGGGAAACUUUGGGCGCAUCUAUCGCGGCACUUACAAUGACUGCCAGGAGGUACUGGUCAAGACCGUGGCUCAGCACGCCAGCCAGCUGCAAGUAAACCUCCUGCUCCAGGAGUCCAUGAUGCUCUAUGAGGCUUCGCACCCGAAUGUGCUCUCUGUCCUUGGUAUCUCAAUUGAGGAUUAUGCCACGCCCUUUGUGCUUUAUGCUGCCACUGGUAGUGUCAGGAAUCUGAAGAGCUUCCUGCAGGAUCCAUCGUAUGCCAGGAGUGUGACCACCAUUCAGACGGUGCUGAUGGCCUCACAGCUGGCCAUGGCCAUGGAGCAUCUGCACAACCACGGAGUUAUCCACAAGGACAUUGCCGCCAGGAACUGUGUGAUCGAUGAUCAGUUGCGCGUAAAGCUCACAGAUAGUGCCCUGAGUCGUGACCUCUUCCCGGGCGAUUAUAACUCCCUGGGCGAUGGGGAGUACCGACCCAUCAAGUGGCUUUCGAUGGAGGCCUCAAAGUCCCAUUACAACGAGGGCAGCGAUGUUUGGUCCUUUGGAGUCCUUAUGUGGGAGAUGUGCACACUGGGCAAGCUGCCCUACGCCGAGAUUGAUCCCUACGAAAUGGAGCACUAUCUAAAGGAUGGCUAUCGGUUGGCCCAGCCUUUCAACUGCCCAGAUGAGCUAUUUACGAUCAUGGCCUAUUGCUGGGCCUCAAUGCCGUCUGAGCGACCUUCCUUCAGCCAGUUGCAGAUCUGCCUAUCGGAGUUCCAUACUCAAAUAACCAGAUAUGUUUAACCAGCGGUGCUGAAGCAUGCCAAGACCUGUAAAUACAACAAGAGGCGGCGUCGCAAGAUUUUCCAGCAGACCACCUCGUCCACUCUGUUCCCAAAGACAUAUUUAAAAGGUAGUGCUUAGAUAUAUAGGGAUUAGCAGAAAAUCUUACAUGAGAGAUACCCAACCGCAGGAGUUCGGAUGGAGAGGAAGAAGGUGACACAGUUGUUUGGAAAACUCUCCAUCCAAACUUUACUCGAAAUAACUCUUAGUUCUAGGUUAGUCAGUAAGGACAUGUGACAUUUCAAUGCAAGAACUAGGAUUACGCGAACAGAACUAUACACCAAUUGAAUUUCCCCCUGUUAAGAUAGACACACUUUCUCUCGCUAAGCAGAGCAGAAGCCCAGUAAAAAGUUUUCAAUCUGCAUCGCA